CCGCGGCAAGAUCAAUUUCUCCCGUUGGCAGCAUGGCGUGGUCAAAGAGACACCAAUAAGUACCACUGCAGGAGGCUACCAUACAACGGCGGUUACAUCGAGUGGCUGCAGUACCCGUAUUGCACCUAACGGAGGUAACCCCCAGUUUGCAGUAAGAAUCACCGGCGCGGAAAAACAAGUGUGUCAAAGUGAUGCCCUCGAAUUUCUUCACGAACGUGGGCCAGGAUAUUAAGCAUGAGAGAUGAAAACGUCGCCUCCGAGUCGCAGACUAGUCUACAGUCUCAAGGCAUGUCGUCGGUUCUCAUUUCGAGGGCGAAGGAUCAGUCGCACCAAGUUGCCAUUUUCAGCUGGAGUUGCCGUUCUCAGUUGGAGCUGGCACAAGGUAUCUGCAAAACAGGAUCUCCUGGGCACAUGACCUUGACCAAGCCACUUGAUCAUGGCUGUUAUUCGACAGUGCCCUGCAGGAAUGAUCCACAACAGCUGCAAGACAAUUUCAUUCGCGUCAAGAAUGUCUCAGCCAACGCCAGGAAAGGAUUGAAAAUCUGGGAUCUCCUGAUCAUGCUUAAGCCCGGCAGGCUGUCAAGAAAUAUUAAAGCAAGUGAGUGCCAAUCAAUUCUGCACAAUAAACGAGAUUUGUGGCUGGGGAGCUGCAGGGGUCUAAGGCGUAAUACGCGUGGUAGCUUCGCGGAAGCUCCCAGGCAAACCGCGCCGCGGCGUUGGUUCUAGGUACGGUAUUUGCCUGGUAUUCUUUUAUGCAGUGGGACACGUCAACCGACCAUAUCUCCGUGUCCGUACCUGAAUCCACGUCCGUAUCCGGUUACGUGAUCCGAUUCUGACCCUGGGUAAAAACAAAGGCCUGUGCCAUGUGCCAUGUGGUUGGUUUCUGGAGGCAUAUUUCAAAAUCCAGAUU